AUUAUAGUAAAACACUGCAAGUUCGAAAUAUACUUUUCCCAUUGGGCUACAUAUUUUAUUUUAUUAUAUUGCUUGGGUUAUUUUUCUAUUCAUUGAAAUACUUUUCUUUUAACUGGAGUUGGGGAAUCGUGUUUGCUUAAGGAAAUUUGGCGGUAUAGCAAUUUAACGACGCUUAAAUCCAAAACCCUCAAAUUGCGAUUUCCGCCAUAUCCAUUGACAUCUUCUGAGGUUUGGUAGCUGCAACCAAACCCUAUUUCGUUUGAGAUUGAACAUUUUUUGUUUGAUUGAGAAAUGGAAACUUCGCUUAGGUAUGGUGGAGAUUCCAAGUCUCUGCGAAUUCACGCCAAGGAAAAAAUCCCCAUCUCCCCCAAUUCCAUCUGCCAGCUUCAAGGAGAGCUGGACACGAAGCUUGGAGCUCCUACUUUCCUGAAUGGGACGAUUAGAUACUUCCAUCCCGAGUUAUCAGCUAGCCUUGGUGUGGGAGUUCGGUACAAUAGACGGGAUAAAGUGCACUAUCACAUACGUGGGAAGAAGACAUUUCCAGUAACUGCAGAUGGAUUGUUUAACUUCAAUGUUAAGGGUCGUUGUAAUAUCGAUGAGGAAUUGAAGCAAAUUGAUUAUUCCGCUGCUACUGAGUUCGUUUGGAGCAUCUUCAAUGUUAAGAAGGACCAGGAUUUGCGUAUCAAGUUGGGAUACGAUGUUAUUGACAAGACUUCAUAUAUGCAAGUUCGAGAAAACAAUUGGACGUUCAAUGUUGAUCAAAACCGGAGAUGGAAUGUGAGGUACGACCUUUAAGGCAUGGCCCGAUUUUGUAGGCAUUGGAGCUGAAUGUAAUAGCUAUAUGACUGUAGUGAUCUUUCAUUUGGAUUGAUUUAGCUUCUGAAGCUAUCUCAGGAUGCUUUUAACUGUAAAUCGUGCCGUCUUAGGAGUUAUCUUGAACAGAUUCGAAAACUGAAUUCAUUUUUGUAUACCUAUUACCAAUUCUCCUAUUGAAAUUCCUUUUCUACAA